AUGAGAAGAACUCCAUUAUUCUUUGCCCUUUUGCAAAUUGCUCUUGCUGCUAAAAGAGCUGAUGACAAUUGUAACGAACACUGUAACAAUGCUUUACAAAAACAAAAUGAAUGUGGUGGUUCUGGUGAAGCUGGUACUCAAUCUCAAACUUUGCAAUGUUUGUGUAAUGAUGAAAAUUACUGGUCUGAAUUAGCCCAAUGUAACUGUUCCAAUUAUGAUUCAAGUAUCAGUGCUCAAGAUCUUAGAAGCUACUACUGUGGUAUUGGUGGUAUCAGUGGAAAUUCAGGAAACUCAGGUUCUUCUUCUUCCUCUGGUUCUGGUUCUGGUUCUGGAAGUGGUACUACCACUCAAUCUGGUGAUAACUCUUCUAAUACUUCUAGUGGCAAUUCUAACAACAAUAACUCGGAUGAUUCUAACAAUGACUCCAAUGAUGACUCUAACACCACUAACGGUAACUCCAACGGUGAUUCCAACACCACUGCAGGUGACUCCAACGGUGAUUCCAACACCACUGCAGGUGACUCAAAUGAUGAUUCUAACUCCACUAAAGGUGGAUCUAACAAUGAUUCAAACACUACCAAAGGAGACUCCAAUGAUGAUUCUAAAACUACCAACGGUGAUUCUGGUUCUAAAACAACUAAUGGUUCAGAUUCUAACAACACCGACGAUUCAGAUUCUAACAACCCCGAUGGUUCUGAUAACACUGAUGUUUCAAAUACUUCUGAUACCGAUUCUGGUUCCAACACUGCUGGUGCUGUAGCUGGAGGUGCUGCUGUUGCAGGAGGUGCCGCCGCCGCUGCUGCUGCUAAUGGUGGUUCUAAUUCUGGUUCUGGAAGUGAUGCUGCUACCGGGUCUGCUACUGCUACUGCUGAUGGCUCAGAAUCUGGAUCUGGUUCCAAUGCUUCUGCCACUGACAGUGAUGAUGACAAUGAAUCUGGUACUGCUGGAUCUGGAUCUGGUUCCGGUGCUAGUAAAACUGGAGACGACGACUCCACUGAAACUGAUGAUUCUGAUGAAACAGGUACUGAUGAUGCUGAUGCUUCUAAGACCGGUGAUGAUGAAGACUCCACUGCAACUGAUGAUGCUGAUUCAACAGAGACCGGAGAUGAAGAUUCAACAGAGACUGGAGACGAUGAAGAUUCUACAGAAACCGGUGAUGAUGAUGCCACUGAAACUGGCGAUGAUGAUGCUACCGAGACUGGUGAUGAUGCUACUGAAACUGGCGAUGAUGAUGCUACCGAGACUGGAGAUGAAGAUUCUACAGAAACCGGUGAUGAUGAAGAUUCCACCGAAACUGGAGAUGAUGCUGAUGCUACUGAAACUGGUUCAGGUUCAGGCUCUGGCUCCAAUACUAGAUCAGGUUCAGGUUCAGGUUCUAGUUCAGGUUCUGCCACUAGAUCUGGAUCCGGUUCUGGUUCUGGUUCUUCUACUAAAUCCGGAUCUGGCUCUGGUUCUAAUUCUUCUGAAACUGGUUCCGGAUCUGGUUCAGGUUCUGGAUCCGGUUCCAGUUCUUCUGAAUCUGGUUCAGGUUCUGGUAAUGGUGGCUCUGGUUCUACCACUACUGCUGAUGCUGGUGCCGCUGCUCCUGCUUUAGCUUUUGGUUCUUUGAUUGCUUUAGCUUUGAACUUGUUGUAA